UUGAGCUCCAGUUCCUGGGGUUUUUUCUUGACGAAAGUUACUUAUUAUAGUUCGAGAAUGAAUGGCAAGAAAGGGAGUAGCAAUGAAAAGCUAGAAGCUGAGGGUGAUAGCAAUGGAGGGGUGUGGUACUCAUGCAAAGCAUGGGUGAGGAGUGUGUGGGAGUUUGGCAAAGAAGAUCCCAACAGGGUGAUAUUCUCCCUGAAAGUCGGGCUCGCGGUCCUUCUCGUCUCUUUGCUCAUAUUGGUUCGAGCGCCCUACGAAAUAUUCGGCGUCAACAUUAUUUGGUCCAUCCUAACUGUUGCCAUCAUGUUCGAGUACACAGUAGGUUCAACAUUUAACAAAGGAUUCAAUCGAGCGCUUGGAAGCCUACUUGCGGGGAUCUUGGCCGUUGUAGCAGCUCAAAUUGCUCUAUGUUCUAAUCGGGUGUUUGAACCUAUCAUAAUCGGAAUCAGCAUUUUUCUUGUUGGAACUGUGACAUCCUUCAUGAAGUUGUGGCCAUCACUUGUGCCCUAUGAAUAUGGGUUUCGAGUCAUACUGUUCACCUUCUGCCUGAUCAUAGUCUCGGGUUACCGGAUGGGUAAUCCGAUCAGAACGGCCAUGGAUCGGUUAUAUUCAAUUGCAAUUGGAGGUAUAGUGGCAGUACUAGUGAAUGUGCUGGUUUUCCCUAUCUGGGCGGGGGAACAAUUGCACAAGGAACUGGUCAAAGGAUUCGACUCGGUUGCUGACUCACUUGAAGAAUGCGUGAAGAAGUACCUAGAAGAUGAUGGCUUAGAUCAUCCGGAGUUCUCAAAGACUGUAAUGGAUGAAUUUCCCGACGAGCCUGCGUACCGAAGAUGCCGAGCCACCCUCAACUCCUCCACAAAAUUAGAUUCUUUGGCCCAGUCGGCAAAAUGGGAGCCGCCCCAUGGAAGGUUCAAGCACUUCUUCUAUCCGUGGUCAGAGUAUGUCAAGGUCGGCGCUGUUCUUCGGUACUGCGCGUACGAGGUCAUGGCAUUGCAUGGUGUCCUCCAUUCCGAAAUUCAGGCACCACACGACAUGAGAGUGAUGUUCGGGGCGGAGAUACAGGAGGCUGCAGCGCAAGCGGCAGAGCUUGUAAGGAGGCUAGGGAAGGACAUCAGCGACAUGAACCGCACUCUGAAGGCCUCCCUCCUCAAGCGGGUCUAUGCCUCCACCGAACGCCUCCAGGCUGCCAUCGACAUGCAGUCCUACCUCCUCACCUCGUCCUCCUCCUACAACGACAAGCUGCCGUCCUCCAAGCUCGACUCUGACACCAACCUGAACCUGAACCCUCCGAGCGAGACCUACCACGAGAUGAUGAGGAAGACAUCAAGGCGGCUCUACUCCUGGCCGUCCAGGGAGGUGGAUGCCUAUGAAGAAGAUGCCGGAGUGACGGCCAGUGGUGUCCUGCCCAAGAUGAAGGCACUCGAGAGCACAGCCAGUCUGUCCUUGGCGACUUUUGCAUCACUGCUGAUCGAGUUCGUGGCAAGGUUGGACCACCUGGUGGAUGCGGUCGAGGAACUUUCCAGCAUGGCCAAGUUCAAGUCUGAGGUCGAGUUGUAAAUCAUCUGAGGGUGAGGGAAUUUAUGUACAUGGAGAAAGGGGGCAAUGUAAAACCAUACAGAAGAAACGAUUCAUGAUGAGCAGAAGCAACUCAAGCAAGGGUAACUGCGUACUAAUGUAAUAAUUUCCAUAAUAAUUUGAACAUUAUGACAACAUCCUCGAACGAUGUCCGGUUUCAACUCUGGCCAACAGAUGAUCAGGCAUGCAUUGAACCUUUGUUUGUGCUCUGCAAAUAGGUCCGCGUAAAUAUGAUGAGUAUGCUGACAAUUGCACGUGUUAAGACGAGCAACCAGAAGAUACAGUUCGGACUCUUCCGAGUUAUUGAGAGCCAACCAAACCAGUUCGCGAAUUCUCGGGUAGAAUGAAGCUAAUAGCAGGCAGUA